AUGGUACCGGACAGUACCACUACCGUUAUAUACCGAAAGCUAUUGCAGUCGCAGACUGAAGUUGAGGCAAGAAUGAGACGUCAAGGUCAAGGCAACAGCUCCAAUCCUUAUCAAACCGGAGACUUUUACUCUAAUGGUGAUGUUGGAUCUGAUCAACAUGAUGUGGUUCCUGAUGGGCAUACUUCCAUUGGUCAAACCAGUUCUGAUGUCGAUACCCAAAACCAUGUGGGGUUUGCUCAAUUCUUGGGUGAUGACUUUUGGCUUUCGCCUCUCGGUGAUCAGACUGUCACGACUCAAACUUCUGAGCCAAGCUUUAACCCUCUUCUGCAAACUAAUAGCAGGAUCGCCGGAAAUGGCCCGAUCGAACCGUCGUUAGGGGCCGAUUCUGAUCCUCUCCAACAUAGCUUUGACCUGAAUGAUGUGGUACAUCCUGAAAGAAGCGGUCUUCAUGCAAGUCAGGGAAAUGGACCAUACUUAGGAGCAGGUAGUGAUAACAUUCAAACCUCUGGUGGGUCAUCAAGUCCAGUUAUGAUUUAUUCAGGAGUAGCUGGAUAUGUUAUUGAAGAAAAUAUAAGCCCAGAUGGUCUUCCGGUUGAUGGUGAAAGAAGGCUUAUAUGCAAAAGAAAGGCGCCUGAAUUGGCUUCAAGCUCUGAACCUCAAGCUCAAAAUUCUCAACAGCCAAUGACUAUUCCCCAAAACAAUGUCAGCAUCAACAGCUUAACUGCAGCUAAUAAUGAUCAUUCAAGACUUGGGGAUGCUUUGCCUACAUAUCAAUUUCCAUGUGAGGCUAGGCAAGUAGAUAACUUUCAAAGCAAUACCCGUCUGAGAACUGCAAAUCAAUCGGUUGCAGCAUCAACAAACUUGUGGACAUGGAACUCGAGCAACUCUAAUGUACAACCAACUGGCCAGCACACCUUUACCCUUACAAGCUCAGCACCGGCGCCAAUGCAAGUGAAUUCAGCCGUGCUGCCAGUGGAGCGAGUUUUUAACUCGUCGCAAGCUCUGCAACAAUAUUGGAACGGGACAAACCUUUCAUGGGUUGGUCCUUCUUCCGUCCAUCUUGAUCAGGCCGUAAACGUGUCAGCAAACCUGAACUUUGUCAAUGUGAAUGCAAACGCCUCCUCUUCGAGAAUCCAAUCUGGUUCAAGCAGGCAUCUACCGAAUUCAUCCAUAAGGUCACCCAUUCCAAAUAUGGCCGCACAAUACGGACAAAGAGGGCUAGAUAUUGUCAAUCCAUCUGAGUCCUGGAGGCGAGGGAGUUUCUGUCCAAUACUUCCUGGUGCUUCCCUUGAUGCCAGGCCUGCCCAGGUUCCUCUGAGGUUAGGACCAAGACCCGAGAGACAAGCUGGUCGUCAUUCUGGAGUCACAUCUACAUCACUAUAUCAAAGGAGAAGACUGAUAUCUGAGUUCCGCAAUGCCUUCAGACUAGUACCUAUGCCUGCUGGCUUACGACAAGAGGAUGUAAUGGUAUUCGAAGGUUCAUAUUUGUAUGGCAUACCAGAGGUGCCUGAUAUGCUUGAGGAUAUGCGCUUUGAUGUCGAUAACAUGUCUUAUGAGGAACUGCUGGAGCUGGAGGAGCAAAUUGGAAAUGUUUGCACUGGUCUAAGCGAGGAAACUAUUCUAGCCAAUCUCACAAGACGAAACUAUCAGUCCGGACCACCAGGAGAAAUUGAACCUUGCUGUAUCUGUCAGGAGGAUUAUGCUGAGGGCGAAGAGCUUUGUAAGCUGGGCUGUGGUCAUGAAUUUCACUUCAAUUGCAUUAAGCAAUGGCUUAUGCAGAAGAAUUCAUGCCCCAUUUGCAAAAAUACAGCUUUGGCUGUUUGA